AUGGCUGUUUCUGAAGACUGGGGCUCCUUGAGUGAUCCCGACGUGAUUGAGGCGCGCGAUGUAUACUACAACAUUGGCAUACGGCCUCUACCUAAAGAUCGGUACGCCCAAGAACAAUGGAACAUGGCCCAGCUACACACUUGCGUGAUGAACCGUCUGGAGGGAGUGUACAAGAACGCAACCCACAUUGCACCUCACGACUUCCACAAUUAUUGGGCGGUCGCAUACGAUGCUGUGCACUUCCUUCAUGAGCACCACGAAACUGAAGAAGGGCAUUAUUUCCCGUACUUCGAUGGCGGGAACCUUAUGAUAGCGAACGAGAACCAGCACGCCGAGUUUGCAGAACCCAUACUAGAGACUCUCGCUUAUUUGGACAGCGUCAACCCCUCCAAGCCUGAGGCCCAGCCAUUCUUCGCCUCCAAGUUCCGGGCGUCCGUUGAUCGCUGGCUGGUCACCGCCGCCAAGCACAUGGCCGCCGAACUUGGCACGCUUGAUGCUGAACAUCUCAAGCGAUCAGGAGUGACGGUCCACGACAUGGACACCGCUAAAGAGGACGUUGGCAAGCACACGAUGUCCACCCAAGUUCUCAAAUAUAGUCUGCCAGCAAUCAUGGCCGCCGUGCCGCGGGACUUCGACUUUCCCCGAGAGCUGCCUUGGUGGGGGAAGUUUAUUUUGACUCCAAUGUUAGCAUACUGCUUUGGGUAUGGAAGGAUGAAGUAUUACUGGAACGCCAAGAGGUGGGAGAAGACGGCGCCCAACCCUCCUUCGUAA